CGGCGCAUUCAUCUUGGCGCCACGAACUCCUGCUGCAUCCGCCAUGCCCAAGACCGCAGACCACGAGGAACGCGAGGAACGACGCGAUGAAGGAGGAGGCUCUUGGGAGGCUGCCGAAGCCUACGCCCAGCGCUGCCAGCGUUUGAACCUGCCGCUGGAGCCCACCAUCGCCGUAUGGCUCCGUUUCGGUGGAGCAACCCUCCAGGUGCCAUCACACAGCUCUUUGCUGCCGGCCUGUGACUUCUUAGCUCAAGGACAAGGCUUGAAAGCCCUCAGCUUCCGCUCGGCGGGCUUCGCCGCCCGUGGCACGGGCAAUGCCAACGCGCGAGUCUUGCGUCAUGUCUUGGCGAAGAACACCACGCUGGAAACCUUGGACUUAGCACACUCAGGCAUCGACAUGGACGGGGUCUAUGACCUGUGUGCGGGUCUCCGCUGCAACAAGACCUUGAAGAACCUGAGCUUGAGGGGCAACUACCUGGGUCCAGAGGGUGGCCAGAUGAUCUCCGACCUGCUGGAAGAGCUCAUUGCGUCGGCAGGGCCUGGAGGUGCGACGAGCUUGCGGGAACUGGAUAUCCAAGCUUGCUCAAUUGGCACAGGCUGUGUACGGAGCUUGGCCAAGGUCGCAGGAUUCAAUGCCAUCUACACGCGAAUGCCGGCGGCAUCGCAAGGGGGGGCGCCCGUGGUCAAUGUCGCGCACAAUUUUGAGAAGGAG